CCAACUUGCAGUUGUGUAGCAAUGCAGCAACAUCAGCUGCAACCCCAACCCUACUAACCUAUAAUUGACCCAUCAAAUUUCUCUUCACUUCACUUGAAGAACAAACACACAGAGAGAGAGAGAGAGAGACAAUGGCAUUCCUUCUCUUCAUCUCCUUACUCUUUUGCUCUUCAACCGCCGCCGCCAUCUCUGCCGUCCCAAAACAACAAGAGCUGGAUCGAAUUUCAGCUCUCCCCGGACAACCACCGGUCACGUUUUCUCAAUUUUCCGGCUACAUUCCGGUCAACGAGCAACAUGGCCGAGCUCUCUUCUACUGGUUGACCGAAGCCACUGCUUUUCCCGAGAAGAAACCGCUUGUUCUUUGGCUCAACGGAGGACCAGGUUGUUCAUCAGUAGCAUAUGGAGCAUCAGAGGAAAUCGGGCCAUUUAGAAUUAACAGAACUGGUGCAUCUCUUUAUCUCAGCAAGUAUGCGUGGAAUACAGAAGCAAAUAUAUUGUUUCUUGAAUCGCCUGCUGGUGUUGGUUUCUCUUACACAAAUACAAGCUCCGACCUUGAAGAUUCUGGAGACAAACGGACGGCUCAGGAUGCUCUAGUCUUUCUAAUUAGAUGGAUGUCACGGUUUCCACAAUACAAAUAUAGAGAAUUCUAUAUUGCUGGGGAAAGCUAUGCUGGGCAUUAUGUUCCUCAGUUGGCAAAGAAAAUUGUCGAUUACAAUAAAGCAAACAUGCAUCCCCUCAUCAACCUUAAAGGCUUCAUUGUGGGAAAUGGCGUAACAGACAACUAUUAUGACAGCAUUGGAACCGUCACAUUUUGGUGGAGCCAUGCAAUGAUAUCAGACACAAGCUACCAUUCAAUUCUAAAGCACUGCAAUUUCAAGGAGGAAAAAACAUCACAGAAAUGUGAUGAUUCAGUGAGUUAUGCCAUGAACCAUGAGUUCGGAGACAUCGAUCAAUACAGUAUAUAUACACCAUCUUGCUUGGCGUUGCCCAACACUACAAUGAAGCCUAUGAGGCUCAAAAAUACUCUUUUGCGUCGGAGGGUUUCUGGCUACGAUCCUUGUACUGAAAAUUAUGCAGAGAAAUAUUUUAACCGGCCGGAAGUGCAGAAGGCAAUGCAUGCAAAUGUUACUGGAAUUCCUUACAAAUGGACUGCAUGCAGUGAUGUUCUUAUAAAGAACUGGAACGAUUCUGAAACUUCUCUGCUACCCACAUACAAGGAGCUGAUUGCAGCUGGUCUAAGAAUCUGGGUUUUCAGCGGAGACACAGAUUCAGUAGUUCCAGUGACUGCCACUAGGUUUUCUCUUAGCCAUCUCAAUCUUGCAAUUAAAACCAGGUGGUAUCCAUGGUAUUCAGGUGGUCAGGUAGGAGGAUGGACAGAAGUGUACAAUGGGUUAACCUUUGCUACAGUGAGAGGAGCUGGGCACGAAGUUCCACUAUUUCAACCCAAGAGAGCAUACAUUCUUUUCAUAUCGUUUUUGGCUGGGAAAGAAUUACCAACAUCUUGACAGAUUGUUUGGAGAUGAUUAGCAACGAUAAUUGGUCAUCUUUGAGGAAGUUCUUUGUUUAAUUGUUUCAACUAACUUGAAAUUCCACAUAAUGGUGGGUAGGAUAGAAUCAUUCAUUCAAAUUAGCAUUUAUAAUUUUAAGGACAAAAUUGUUACAUUUCAUGUUAUAGACCGAUGCA